AAUUUUGAAAAAAAUUUCAGUAUAGUCGUAUCGGUAUCAUUUCGGUUAUCAUUUCAGUUAACAAAUAACCAUUCGCGAUCGUGAUAGUGAGUUACACGUCGUAGAAGCAAACACAGCUUUCUCAUGGCAUUUCGGAGAGCAUUUUCCUCUACCUCCCAAUUCCGCCACACCUCUCCCGGAAAUCUCAACAUCAACGGCAAAGACUCCACCCUCUCUCACCUUUCCGACAACCGCAAAUUCGAAGAACUCAUUGAUGUUUUUUGUCAACAGAAACGCAUCAAGGAAGCUGUUGAUUUCCUCCAUCGCAUUCAUCAACCUUCUCCUCGUGUAUACUCUAAUCUCAUUGCUGCUUGUGCUCGUAAUCGAUUUCUUGAAUUGGGUAGGAAGGUUCAUGCCCAUACUAAAGCUUCUAACUUCAUUCCUGGUAUUGUCAUUUCCAAUCGUUUGCUUCAUAUGUAUUUCAAAUGUGGGAGUUUUAUUGAUGCCCAGAUGGUGUUUGAUGAAAUGCUGCAAAAGGAUUUGUGUUCUUGGAAUACCAUGAUAUCGGGUUAUGCUAAUCGUGGUCGGGUUGAACAAGCUAGGAAAUUGUUUGAUGAGAUGCCGCGAAGAGAUAAUUUUUCUUGGAAUGCUGUUAUAUCUGGUUAUGUUAGCCAUGAUCGACAUAGGGAAGCUUUGGAUUUGUUUAGAAUGAUGCAGGAGAAUGAGAGUUUUAAUUGUAAUAUGUUUACUUUGUCGAGCACUUUAGCGGCUGCUGCUGCUAUUCCGAGUUUGCGUCUUGGGAAGGAAAUUCAUGGUUAUUUGAUAAGGACGGAGUUGGAGUUGGAUGAGGUUGUUUGGACUGCUCUUUUGGAUUUGUAUGGCAAGUGUGGUAGCUUAGAUGAAGCUAGGGGUAUUUUUUAUCAGAUGGCUGAUAGAGAUGUUGUUUCGUGGACUACCAUGAUUCAUAGAUGCUUUGAAGAUGGAAGAAAGAAAGAAGGAUUUUCCUUGUUCAGAGAUUUGAUGGGGUCAGGUGUUAGACCAAAUGAGUAUACAUUUGCUGGUGUUUUAAAUGCAUGUGCUGAUCUUGCUGCAGAACGCGUGGGAAAGGAGGUUCACGGAUACAUGACACGAGUAGGGUACGACCCAUGUUCGUUUGCUGCGAGUGCUCUUGUCCAUGUAUACUCCAAGUGUGGGAACACUGAAAUUGCGAGAAGGGUGUUCAACCAGAUGCCUCGCCCAGAUUUGGUAUCAUGGACGUCUCUAAUUGUUGGGUAUGCUCAGAAUGGUCAACCUGAAAUGGCUCUUCAUUACUUUGAAUCGCUACUUCGAUCGGGUGCAAAGCCGGAUGAAAUUACCUUCGUUGGGGUUCUUUCUGCAUGUACUCAUGCUGGAUUAGUGGAUAAAGGGUUGGAGUAUUUCCAUUCAGUGAAGAAGCAUGGAUUGGUGCAUACUGCAGAUCAUUACGCAUGUGUUGUUGAUUUAUUGGCACGAUCAGGACGAUUCAAAGAGGCAGAGAAUAUUAUCGAUAACAUGCCCAUGAAGCCUGACAAAUUCCUUUGGGCAUCCUUACUUGGAGGAUGUAGAAUACAUGGGAACAUUGAACUAGCUGAAAGAGCAGCAAAAGCAUUAUUUGAGAUAGAACCAGAGAAUCCAGCUACCUAUAUUACCCUGGCUAAUAUUUAUGCUAAUGCUGGUCUUUGGACUGAAGUUUCCAAGGUUAGGAAGGAUAUGGACAAUAGGGGAAUAAUAAAGAAGCCAGGUAAGAGCUGGGUUGAGAUUAACAGACAAGUGCAUGUUUUCUUAGUAGGAGAUACAUCUCACCCCAAAAUAAGUGAUAUACAUGAAUACUUAGGAGAACUCUCGAAGAAAAUGAAAGAAGAAGGCUAUGUUCCAGACACAAACUUUGUGCUACAUGAUGUGGAGGAGGAGCAGAAAGAGCAAAACAUUUUUUACCACAGCGAGAAGCUUGCUGUUGCUUUUGGAAUCAUUUCAACCCCAGCAGGAACUCCGAUCAAGGUUUUUAAAAAUUUAAGAACUUGUGUGGACUGUCACACUGCUAUGAAAUAUAUAUCAAAGAUUGUUCAAAGAAAAAUAAUAUUGAGAGAUUCAAAUAGGUUUCAUUGUUUUGAGGAUGGAAGUUGCUCGUGCAAAGACUAUUGGUAGUAGUAGUAGUAAUACACUACAAUAGAAGCAUUGUUUAGCAUUGAAUACAUCGUUACUUUCAGUGUAUCACUGUGGAAGAAAACACAGCUUUAGACGGUUGCAUUGAUCAACUUCACUUGCCUUCUUUUUAUUUCAUUUGAACGACAUUGCUUUCAAGCAGAACUGAUUGUUUGAAAGGUAUAUGCUCUCCUGAGGCAGGUGGAAUGGUUAUGUAGGAAGAUGUUAGCAGAGGUCAUGGGUGGCUAAUGGCUAUUCGCAUUUGGUAGGGCGAAAAAAUGAAGGAGGAUGCAAGUCAUAGUGCAUGUCAAUUAUUGUCAUCGCUUGUUGAGUCGGCCUUAGAGCAUGCAUUACAAUAGCAGUAGAUAGAUGGGCAUGCUAUCACAAAAUGGGAUACAGCUCUUUAGCGAAAGCUAACUUAAUGAGUCAAAGUCUUACCAAUGUGUAUGCUCUCCAUAACACAACUAAAAAAAUAAGGGUGUAUUUGAUGGUGGCUUCUAGGGUGAGAGUCUAACUAAGUCCCUCAUCCAUGUCCAUCAAAUUUGAUUGUACAGUACAUAAUAUUAUCAAUGACUGAGAUUUUACAUCGUCACUUAGUACUCUCAGUUAAAAAAAAUGUAAAAAUGUGGUAUUUCUCCCAUUCAGUGCCGUUUUCAUAAUUUGGAUAAAAUUUCAAUGUUUUCAAAUUGCACUCCAAUUUUGUUGUCUCUAGAUAAAGUUGUGCAGCCCCAAGGUAAUGGAUCUACAACGAUUGUUGGCCGUGUGUUCUGUUGGAUGUGACAACAACUGUGAGAACAAAUGGUGGUUGUGUUGCUCACUUAAUGGUGCUUUGGUACCUGGAAGAUGAGGUCUACGGCGUUGGUUUGCUCUUCAUCUUCCUCAACGCCUUUGCUACGGUUACCUUUGUGCACAGGAAGACAAGAAUAAAGUGAACCUUCAGUUGAUAGCCGGCCCCUCUGAGUACACUUACCUUUUCGCUGUGCUUUAUAAGUUAAAUGUGUUUUUUUCCAAAGUUUUGAUAGCUUAUCCCCCUUAUAUUCUUGCAGGAUGCAAUUGAAAAAUAAACUUCUUUUAUCCCCAAUUUAUGCCACAAUGGAAAAUUGACGCCAUGCAGUUGGGGAGGAUUGUGCUCUUCUCUUCAUGAAGAAGUUUGUGAAUGGUUAAGUCGAUGAGCUAGAGUUCUUGUCUGAGCUAUAAGAUGACUCCCAGCAUUACUAAUAUUUCCCAGGUUGACUUUUAAAUCACGACCUUCCUUCUAUUGUACUCUAACCACAUUCUACUGUGUUUAAGAAAUGGAAAGAAGUUCAAUUACCAAAUUUAUGUGUUAUCAUCAUAUCACAUUCUUAUUGGUUCUGUGUAAUGGUGGAUGCAUUGCACUAUGCAUGUUAUUACUAAAGGAAAAACAGUUAAACAAGACACAAGUUCUUGAAGUAUUAAUCAAUUGAUGGCACUCAACUUUGGACUAAACUCACAUCUCCACAAUUUAGGAACAGAAGUUCAUUCUCAAGAACAGAAUAAGCUUAUAAAAAAGCCAAAAUCAAAAUAUUGUAACUUAUGAGCAACACUACCAAUAAAAAUGUAAAAUUCUUUAAGUCAUGAUUCUUUAGAUGAAAGACUGUGCAAGCAUAAACUGAUGAACAAUAGGCAUACAUAAUUCCAACAAUCGUACGUGUAAA